AGAAAAUUGCCGCUGGCGAGCUCCAGAAAGCCUGACCCUGCAGCGCGCCUUCAGGAAAGGCGAGGUGGCGAAGGUGGAGAGGCUGUCCAUCUCCCUCAAGAGGCGGCGGUGGAGGUGGCGGAGCCGGCAUCGUGCGCGCCUGUAAGUCCCUGCGAGGGGCAAGCGGCUUCUGGGGGACCUGGAGGACCUGCCGCACUCGCCUGCGGGCAUCAAGUCGAAGGACAUCAUGCCCACCUCGAAUCCGACGCCGUGGGUGGAGGGGCAUGCGGGGCCGGCGGAUGUAUUACGGCAAGUACCAGAGCGGGUACUUCAUGCAGGGGCAGUUCUACAUCCUUUCCCGCCCCGUGCUGGAGUGCAUCUUCAAACACACUGACGUAAAGGCCUGCAAGGGCAAGCCCGGGGAGGACGCGAUGGUCGGCUGCCUCGUGACGAACACCUACAACGUUUCGAGGUCCCUGCAGGCCGGCAUCCCGUGGUCGCGCAGCGGCCCGUGCCCGGAGCCCUGGCGCCUGGCCGUGGACUGGGACCAGAAGGCCAGGGGCGGGCUGAGCGUGGCGAGGCGGCCGACCACCCCCAGAUCGGGAGUCUGGGAGGAGGGGCGCGAUCCCUCCUCCUCCUCCCUCCUCCGCCUCCGCCUCCUCCUCCUCCUCCUCCUCCUCCUCCUCCUCCUCCCUCCUCCGCCUCUUCCCCUUCCCCCCAGGAGGGGCGACGAUCGCGACGAGUACGACCCGUAGUUGCGACGACUUCGACGGCGGCGCCGAGGAGGAGAAAGAGGAGUGCGAGAAGGAAACCCCGGCAUGGUUUACGCAGGCCCUGGAGAGAUGUGACAACAGGUACGGCCACGACGACGGCAGCGAUGCGGCCCAGGGCCGCGGCCCCCCUGCGCAGGCCAGUAGUCGGCCCGGCCUGGCCGCAUCCUGCGGG